AUGGAAGAAACUCUUUUGGCAGCCUCUUCGAGUGACAACUCGGGUGCGGUUGCUGCGCUUCGACAAGUCAUUCAGGCGAAUAGCCCUCACAGGCUUUCAAGCCAGACUGUGGAGUGGGUGCUCGGCACACGGGCAUCGGGCGUCUCUGCAGAUUCUGAGGACUAUAUCCGGAAUCCGUACACAGACCUAGGUAGCCGUCCACCCAAGAGAAAGAAUGAAUCUGUGAAAUCAGAAUCACCCGUUGCCGUCUCUCCGCCACAGAGCGUCAACUCCGUCGGCGACGAAGACCUUGAGGUCAUCAGCCCUGACGAAGGUGACCAAGCUCCACCGGCUCUUACCCGGCCUCGGGCUGCUAGCAGUCCCGUCCGCGGGGAUCGAAGCCAGAGCAGCGGCUCUAUGGUAAUGCGGUCUGUCCGUACAUGGUAG